CGCUCAAGCCCAUCAUCUUCUUCUUCUUCAUCAUCAUCCUCAGUAGCUCUCCUUGCGCCUCGCUGCUUGCGUUAGAAGCGUCUCUUAUCGCUCUUCAUUAAACGGGAUCGUGUUCUGUGGUGCUUUACUGAUAAAGUUAAUCAUUAAAAUGAAGUUUACUCGGCUUUUUAUUGCAGAAGGACGAUUUUGAUUUUGUAUUUUUUUUUACACAGAGGGAAGUUUCCUUAAACCAACGUUUCAGAUAAGAGUCACUGGUUAUACCAUACAGCCCUGCCUCAAUGUGCACACCUAAAAGAACAAGUGUACGAGCAAUACCUGCCAAAUUAUAUUGACUUUUCUUUCUUGAAGGGUUUAAUCCUUGUGAGUAAGGACUCCGUCAUACUGAGAAUGUGGUCUAAAACUACAGAAUGAAGAUUCGACUGCAGUCUCUAAGUAUCUGUUUCCCAGAAAGUUGCCUUUAGAUGUCUUACUACAUAAUGUCCAUAAAGUGCUUUUGUGGUCCUGUUCUGAAUGGAACUGAAUUUGAUUUUGCUCAAUGCAACAUCUCGUCAUUCAACCACACUGGCAAUGGAAGUGAACCUUGUCAGCCCCAAACAUUGGAAGAUAUUCUGCUCAGACUCCUUGGGCCAAAAAGGUCUCCAUUUUUCCUCCCAGUGACACUAACUUACUUACUCAUUUUUGUCACUGGUGUGUUAGGGAAUGUUCUUACAUGCACUGUGAUCACUAAGCACAAAAAGAUGAGAACACCAACCAACCUGUACCUCUUGAGCUUGGCCAUCUCUGAUUUGCUGGUACUGCUGUUUGGAAUGCCUCUGGAGAUAUAUGACCUGUGGCAGAACUAUCCAUUCCCAUUUGGGGAGAGCAUUUGUUGUUUUAAAGUCUUUUUGUUUGAGACAGUUUGCUUUGCAUCUGUCCUCAAUGUCAUGGUUCUGAGUAUUGAACGCUAUGUGGCUGUAGUUCACCCACUCAAGACUCGAUAUGCCAUCACCAACAAGCAUGCCCAGAGGGUUAUUGGAGUGGUUUGGGCUAUUUCUCUGGUCUGUGCCAUCCCCAACACUUCCCUCCAUGGCCUCCAUUAUUAUUAUCUUCCUGAGAAGGUCCUAGAAUCAGCUACCUGCAAUCUUCUUAAGCCCCAGUGGAUAUACAACUUGGUGAUCCAGGUCACCACCAUUCUAUUCUACUUUGUACCAAUGACAGUUAUUAGUGUGCUAUAUCUGGUGAUAGGGAUAAGGCUGGGCAGGGAGCAGAGGCAAAAGACUAAGAAACAGGAGAAGAACUGCAGCGCUGAUACCAGCUGGAAGAUUCAAGUUGAAAGUGGACGCAGGAGGCAGAUUACUAAAAUGCUAGCUGUGGUGGUGCUGGCCUUUGCUAUCUGCUGGGCUCCAUUCCAUAUUGACAGACUCUUGUGGAGUUUCAUCACCAAUUGGACCGACCACAUGCACAACAUCUUUGAGUACGUGCAUAUCCUAUCUGGGGUGUUGUUUUACCUCAGCUCUGCCAUCAAUCCUAUCAUCUACAACCUUCUUUCCAGCCGCUUUCGAGAGCGAUUUUUUGAACUGAUGUGUAGGCACAGAGAAGUCAGCAUGUCCCGGAGCAGUUCUCCACCUUACAGAAAAAGGAUUUCCUUCCCUAAAAGCCACGAGGCUGUCAGAACCAACUGUCAUGGCUACAGCAACUAUCCAAAAGGCCCUCAACCCUCUGUUAUCCUAGGCACAGGAUGGGAACAGGAACUUGACACUACCUUUAUGUAACACAGUGUAUGGAUUUGUCACAC